AUGGCGGUGGCCAGCUUCGAUUCAUGGGGGGAAUUCCUCGUGUACAUCACCUUCCUCUUCUUUGGGCUGUCGGUGAUGAUGGUGUCGAACUCAAUCAUGGCAGCCCCGUCAUUUAUUACGGAGUACUACAAGUACGCACAAGGCGACCCGGAUGUCGAAGCCGAUGAUCCAUCGUUUUGGUUUAACAUUCUGACAUACUACAACGUCGCUGUGUUUGGUACGCAGACUGUGUGUCAGAUGUUCAUGCUGACUCCGGCGGGUAGGAGCAUUCCUCUUCGUCCACGUCUCAUUGCUGGGCUGCUAAUUCCGUUUGGCGAGAUUCUUGCCCUUAUCCUUGUUCCCGUUGGUGGGGCCACAGAGACGGGCGCCAAGGCCACCGUCAUGGUCAUCGCUAUUGUUAGUGGGAUCUCGAAGACGCUCUGCGACUCCACAACGAAUGCUCUUGCUGGCCCAUUCCCGACGAAGUUCUACGGCGCUUAUGUGUGGGGAUUAGGUGUCUCCGGAAUUUUGUCCUCCACGAUGUCGAUUAUCAUCAAGGCAUCCAUGGCAGACGACUUCGACAGUGUGCAGACCCAGUCCCGUAUUUACUUCGGUGUGGCGAUGGGUCUGCAGCUCGUUUCCUGUGUCCUGCUGAUUAUAAUGCCGCGGAACCCCUUUGCGAGGAAGUACACAGCGGAGUUCCGGUACGCCCACGACCACCGCCACGUCCACAACAAUCCGGACGCUGAAACACCUGAGGACAAUAUGCAGGUGAAGAGCGACUCCAAUGAAGACUUGGUGGAGCCAGUGAAUGAGGGCAACGACAACCUAUGCGAUGGCCGUAAAGUGAAUGUGCUGAAUGCGGAGGGCGAUGCGGACAAGAUGCACGACAUCGACCAGGUGGACAACAUCACCUCGACGCAGCAGAUGCUGAACGCGCACAUAUGGACAGUAUUUUUGGCUGUUUGGCCAAUGCUGAUGGCGUGCUUUGUUGUCUUUGGGGCCACACUCCUCGUCUUCCCUGGUGUGUUCUUCGCCGUGAAGACGGACAAUGAUUGGUAUUUGACAGUUAUCAUUGCCAUGUUCAACAUCGGCGAUUUCAUAUCACGUUUCCUCCUUCUCUUUAAGCGUCUGCAGCCCUCGCCGCGCGUUGUACUGUAUGGUACAUUCCUGCGCACUCUUGUUGUCCCACCACUGGUGCUGUGUGUGCGUGGCAUCAUCCCUGGCAUUGCCCUGCCGUACAUCCUGAGCCUGAUCUGGGGUCUGACGAACGGCUACUUUGGUGGUAUGGGGAUGAUUCAUGCACCCCGCACACCGUCGCUUGUGAGCGCGGGGCAGCGGUCGCUUGCUGGUAUCAUGGCGAGCGUGGGGCUGCUGCUGGGCCUGUUUGCGGGAUCCUCAUUGGCUCUGGCUGUGAAGGAAGGGUUCCCCGAAUAA